CAAAAAUAUAAAAUGGUUAAAUUUUCAGCUGAUACAGUAUUCACAGACACUUCAGAAUUAGAUAAAUUACUCUUUCAACAAGCACAACAAAGGAUAGCUGAAGAAAUCAAUGAAUUCAUUGAACAAUUUGAAACAAAAAAUGAUCUCAUGACUGUAGACUUAUUAGCGAAAACCUAUAGUCAAUUAACAACAUGUGAAACAAAACUCUCUAAUGCAACCAAACAAGCUGAUGAUAAUCAUCUAUCGUCAACAGUGACGAUUAAAACAGUAGCCAGCAAAACGCAACAAGUACAAGAUAUCCUUCAAAAUUUGCUGCAAACAGUAGAAGCUUGUCAGAAUCAAAAAAGAAACAGCCCCUUUUACAAAGAAAAGGAAGCUUAUUUAAAAAAGAAAGAAGAACGAAGGAAGCAGUUGGAAAAGGAAAUUAGAAAAGAAUCCGAUAAAUUAGAAGAAUUUUAUGCAAAGAAGACAAGGGAGUCAAUUUAUAACAAUAUUGUUGGAAUCCAUCAAUAAAGCAGAUACUUGCUAUAAAGAGGACUUCUUCUUUUAUGUAUGCUUUUAAAAGAAAAAAGAAAAAAAAA